AUGCCCUACUUGCCCAACCUCGGUCGUCCCCAAGGCAUGCCCCCUCGCAUGGGAGUCAUGAACCCCACUGACCCCAAUAUGAAUCUCGUCGUCACACUCACCGUCUGCCCCGCACUUCAAUACCGCACUGGACCGAGGAUGACUUCGCGCGACGGUCACUGGAUGCUCUGCUGGGACAUUGGUGUAACCGGCACUGGCCAUACUGCGCAAAGGCGCUGCCACAUCGUCCAGGACCCUGGCGUUCCGCACCUCACUAAUUGGGGAGUCAUGACCGACGCGGUGACCCCGAGGGAAGAAACAAGCAAGGUUGCGAUCCCUCUGAAGGUGAUGACCUUGGCCCAACGCCAGGCUUUGGAGAAGAUAGCGAAUAACGCACCGGUAAGAGUUCCUGACGGAAAAUGGAAUUGCCAAGACUGGUGUCUCGAGGUGUUGCAGCAAGCGGUCAAGCAAGGUCUCCUCUCGGCAUCCGAAGUCAAGGCCGCGACUGGCGAGGCUUGGAAUGUUCAGCCCAUCCACGCCUAA